AUAGGAUGCACCACCACAAGCACCGCAACUGUUGCAUACUCCGCAAGGAAUACAACAAAGCUCCAACCCAACGAUGAUGGGGGAAAGAGAUGAACAGACCUGCCCCAAUCGCGGCUAAACCCUAGCUUAGCGGCGGGCGCGGAUGCCCCUCGCACUCCUUCUCUCCCGCAUUUCCCAGCCGGCCAAAAUGCCCAGCACCCGCUCCGCCGCCUCCGCCAGGCUGGUCCGCGCCUCCCGCGCCGACGUCAACCCAGUUGUACAAGAAGUGAAACGUGAAUCCAGUGUUUCUUUCGAUGUUUCCAAGCCUGAAUCAACUACUUCUGUUAAGAGGAAAAGGGUGAAGCGAGAGCUUGAAGUGAAUGGGGAGCCUCCUAAGAAGCAGGUUGGUAUUGUCCCUGACAUUGAGGAUUUUCGAUAUGACAGGACCAAAGCGGUUACAUCAUCGAGUAAGGCAACCCUGUCUUCGGUCAAGGUGGAGGGAAAGCUCAGAGUUUCUUCAGUUAUAAAAGCUAAAGCUCCAGAAAACUGGGAGGCAGUUCUUGGGGGUAUUAAAAACAUGAGGUUAUCUGGCCAAGCCCCUGUAGAUACGAAAGGCUGUGAAAAAGCUGGAUCUCUCCUUCCGCCCAAGGAAAGAAGAUUUGCAGUUCUGAUAUCAACUAUGAUGUCUAGCCAAACUAAAGAUGAAGUUACACAUGCUGCUGUGGAACGUCUCUCUGAAAAUGGUUUACUUGAUCCUGAUGCUAUAGUCAGGAUUGAUGAGGCUACGCUUGCAAAUCUUAUCAAACCUGUUGGAUUCUAUCAGAGAAAGGCUCAAUUCAUAAAAGAAGCUUCUAAAAUUUGCCUCGAACGUUUUGGAGGUGAUAUUCCAGAUUCUCUGAACGAGCUGCUUGCUCUGAGAGGAGUUGGCCCUAAAAUGGCUCAUUUGGUGAUGAGCAUUGCUUGGAAGAAUACUCAAGGAAUCUGUGUUGACACUCAUGUGCAUCGCAUUUCUAACCGUCUUGGAUGGGUUUUCCGGGAAGGAACAAAACAGAAAACAACAACUCCGGAACAGACAAGAAUGUCUCUAGAGAAGUGGCUACCCAAGGAUGAGUGGGAACCUAUAAACCCAUUACUGGUUGGUUUUGGGCAGACUAUCUGCACUCCACUGAGGCCCAAGUGUGACAUGUGUGGCAUCAAUAACCUUUGCCCUUCAGCUUUCAAGGAAUCUUCUAGUCCAAAUCCUAAGCAAAAGAAAACGAGGUCUUCAUAGAGCUUGACCAUGACUGAGCUGGCACUGAAGGUAGAUAAAUAUUUUUGGAUUGCCCGUUGGUGGUAGAUAUUAUUGAGUAUUCUUUUGCUUGAUCUACUGUCGUGUGAUCAGCCUUGGUGCCAAGUACCAUUGGCAAACCAUGUAUCAUUUUGUAUAUAUAGCUGUAAUAUGCUCAAGACUUUUGUUAGACGGACGCAUAGAUCUUGUCAAUUGCACUAACGCGACCUGUUCGGAA